AAGAAAUUAAAGGCCAAUUCUACUCCGAAGUAGUGAUAUCUAUAAAUGAAUUAGAAUUUUAAUUUUUAUAAACUAUGUUUUCCUUACUAACGAUUUUUAUAUUUUCUACAGUCGUUUUGGCUUCACCAAUUGAUAAUCCAGAUCGAGUUGAUGUAUUUUACCCAACUUUGAAGACAUUAAAAUCUGGAGAAAAGAGAAUUACGUUUCGUGUUGACGAACAAGACGUAGAUAUAAUAUUGGAACCUGCUGAUCAACUAAUAGCGGACAAUUUUACUAUAACUCAUUUAAAUGAUGAAAAUAAACAUUAUUCGGCUGAUGUAGGUAAUUUUAAACAGAAACUGUUCAGAAAUAAAGAAAAAGGAGCAGCAUUUCAUAUCGAUGAAGAUGGACCACUAACAAUAGUUAGUUUUAUUCAGUUUUAAAAUUUUGCCUGGAUAUAAAUCAUUUU